GGCGGUGGCGGCGGAGGAGGAUGGGGGAGGUGGCGGCGCUGCGGCAGCUGGUCGGCCAGGUGCAGGAGCUCUGGGACCUCUACGGCGCCGUUCACGGCCACGCCCACGGCCCCAUACCCAGGUGGUAUUUACUUGACUUUGAGCACGGUUCGAUCAAGGAUGAUUACUGUGGAGGAAGGACAGGAUACAACUCAGAAUUAUUGAAGAUCAUGGAAGCUAACCAAUCUCCUUCUCGCAAGCGACCACGCAGAGACAGAAACCGUGAGAAAGCAUCCGUGUUGAACACACCUGAACCAAUGAAUCUGGAUGUUUGGAGAGAGUUCCCUGAAGACCUUUUUGAAACUGUCAUAGCAAGGCUUCCAGUUGCUGCAAUAUUUCGAUUCCGCACUGUUUGCCGGAAGUGGUGUUCUCUGGUCGGUUCAGACAAUUUCUCUCAGCAGUACUCUGAAGUUCCUCAUGGAAUACCAUGGUUCUAUACAAUCACACACGAGAAUGCCUGCAACAAUGUAGCGAUGUAUGACCCUUCACUGAAGAAGUGGCACCACCCUUCUGCUCCCCUCGCUCCUGCUAAGAUAGUAAUUCCAGUGGCAUCUGCAGGUGGCCUUGUCUGCUUAUUGGAUCUUAGCCACAAGAAUUUCUACAUAUGCAACCCUCUUACGCAAUCACUGAAGGAAAUUCCACCCAGGUCAGUUCAGGCAUGGUCAAGAGUAUCAGUAGGGAUGGUGCUGAAUGGAGCAACUUCUGUCGAGGGUUACAAAGUGAUGUGGUUACCAAAUGAUGGGAACCAUGAAGUCUAUGACUCUAUGCAGAAUAUGUGGUCAAGGCCUGGUGAUUUUCCCCCGAGCAUCAAGCUUCCACUUGCUCUAAAUUUCAGGUCACAGCCUGUGGCAGUUGGCAGCACGCUAUACUUCAUGUGUUCAGAACCAGAGGGUGUUUUGUCAUAUGAUGUAAGCACCGGGAUUUGGACCCAGUUCAUCAUCCCACUGCCGCUGCAUCUGAGUGAUUACACACUUGCCGAGUUCCAGGGAAGGAUCAUGCUCGUGGGCCUGGUGUGCAAGAACGCAGCAGCCUGCGUCUGCAUAUGGGAGCUGCAGAGGAUGACUCUCCUGUGGAAGGAGGUGGACAGAAUGCCAAAUGUCUGGUGCUUAGAGUUCUACGGUAAGCACAUGAGGAUGACUUGCCUGGGCAACAGCGGUUUGCUCAUGCUCUCCUUGAAGGCGAAGCGGAUGAACCGCCUCGUCGUAUACGACCUUCUGAGCAAGGAAUGGCAGAAGGUUCCUGAUUGCAUGCUCCCUUGCAGCCGCAAGAAACAGUGGAUUGCAUGUGGCACAGCAUUCAGUCCGUGCCCCUCUGCCGUGCCCUGACAGAUUCUGGCAAAGGUUAAUGCUGCCAUUUUGUUAUAUGUUUAUUUCCAUGUUGCAAGCUUGAUGUAAGGUUAUCUGUUAUGUAUAAAUUCUUGUCAAAGUGGUUGGUUACGUGACUUGCUGAAGCAAUGGAACUGUUUGGUUAUUA